AGAGGAGGAAGCCGGUCAGAGCCACACAGUACGGUCGAUGUUUUUGAGGUGUAACUGUUGUCUUUUCUGGCCACAAUGUGAGGUUAAUGAGAAUCACUCGUCGGAGGGUCUUAGCAGCGGAAAAAAAGCUCUCAGUGAUGUCCAGAUCUUAGACACAGACUGAAACUCCCUUCCAUCAUGGACUCCAAGAAGCCGGGCGUGCUGCGCCAUCUCCGCCAGAAAAUGCUGCCACACCUCCGGCGAGGCAAGACAAGCUCAAGCAAGCCAGUUUCCCAGCUUGAACACAUGAUGGACAAUCGGAUGAGCUCCUCUGUUCCUGACAUAAGAGACAUGAGGCAGGACUACUCCCACAUCUCCCCCAGCACGCAUCUCCAACAAUAUAACACUCCCUGUUACAGCAACCCCUGCACACCGCUUGUCAAGCCGUCUAGAGGCAAGGAAGGAGGUGGGAGUGGCCUGACUGUGGGAGUGGUUGAUGGAGGAGCUGGGAGGAGUGAACACAGACUGAGCGUGCCUACAGACUGCACAGACUGGGCUUCCUCCCAGGAAUCAUUCAGCAGUCUGUGUGAGGUGGAGAAGAGCUCUCCGGAGACAAACUACAGACCUGCCGGGGGCAUGGAGCCUGAGGAGCUGGCCCUGCCAGAGAUGAUGACUGUCUACAGCCCAGACCCUCCAACUGUGGAGAUCUCACAGGACAGCUCACAGUAUGAAAAUCAUGAUUUCAACGGUCAUGUGUUAAAGGACGAGGACUCCCACAAUAGUGAGAUGGGCAACGAGACUCUGAGUGUGUCAGAGAGCAUCAGGGAUCAUUCCAGGUCCUUCCUGCUCACCAUCAACCUGAGGGAAGGACGCAACCUGGUCAUCAGGGACCGCUGUGGUACCAGUGACCCUUACGUAAAAUUCAAAUUGGAUGGCAAAACGUUCUACAAAAGCAAAGUGGUUUAUAAAAACCUCAACCCCACAUGGAACGAGACCUUCUCUCUACCUGUGAAGGAUCUGAAUCAGAAACUCUACAUCAAGGUAUACGACCGUGACCUGACGACUGAUGACUUUAUGGGCUCUGCCAUUGUCAACCUGAGUGAUCUGGACAUUGACAAAGUCAAUGAGCUGUCUUUGCCCUUGGAUGACCCAAACAGCCUGGAGCAGGACAUGGGCAUAGUGUUAGUCGACAUGAGUCUGUCACUCAGAGGUGGAGACAGCAAAAAAGGCCAACGGUGGCCCCAAAAACGAAAACGAAGUAUUAGGUCGGGAGCGUCCCCUCAGAGCUUUCGUCUGUCAGAAACACUGAGGAAGAGUCAGCUGUGGACUUCUGUUGUGUCAGUGACUCUGGUUGAGGGUCACGAGCUGCCGCUGGACACUCAGGGGGGUCAGCUCUUUGUCUGCUUCAGAUUGGGAGAGCAGAGAUACAAAAGCAAGAAUCACUGCAAAAUGGCCAACCCUCAGUGGAGAGAGAGGUUCACCUUUAAUCAGUUCAUGGACAGUCCGGAAAUCCUGGAGGUGGAGCUCUGGUCUAAAGAAGGACGACGGAGCGAGGAAUGUUUGGGAACGUGGGAAGUGGACCUAUCCAAGGUCCCUUUCAAUGAAAAGCAGCUGUUCACACACACACUGGAAUAUGGGAGAGGACGCUUAGUUUUCCUCCUCACACUGAACACAUGCAGCGGCGUCUCCAUCUCUGACCUGUGUGCUGCACCUCUCGACGAAUCUCACGAACGACAGAACCAGCUGGACAACUACGGUUUAAAAAGCUCCCUGAAAAACCUCCGUGAUGUUGGUUUCCUUCAAGUUAAAGUCAUCAAAGCUGCAGAUCUGCUGGCUGCUGAUUUAAACGGUAAGAGUGACCCUUUCUGUGUGCUGGAACUGGGGAACGACAGACUUCAGACCCACACCAUCUAUAAGAGCCUCUACCCAGAGUGGAAUAAAGUCUUCACAUUCCCUGUCAAAGACAUUCAUGAUGUUCUGGUGGUGACUAUCUUUGAUGAGGAUGGAGACAAGGCGCCAGACUUCCUGGGAAAAGUUGCCAUUCCCCUGCUCUCGAUCCGCAGGGGACAACAGAUCGCCUUCCCACUGAAGAAAGAGGACUUAGGUGGACUGUCGAAGGGGAGCAUCACUCUGGAGCUGGAGGUUAUUUUUAACCCUGUCAGAGCAAGUCUAAGAACCUUCCAACCCAGAGAGAGAAGAUUCAUGGAGGAUAAUCCGAAAUUUUCCAAAAAGGCUCUGGCCAGGAACGUGCUGCGUGUUCAGACGCUGUACAGAGCUAUCAUGUCGACUCUGCAGUACAUCAAAAGCUGCUUCCAGUGGGAGAGUGUUCAGAGGAGCCUCCUAGCCUUCCUGGUGUUCGUGGUGACAGUGUGGUACUGGGAGUUUUACAUGCUGCCCCUCUUCCUGGUUUUGCUCAUCUUGAGGAACUACCUCUGGAUCCGCUCCGGUCGGGUCAGUCAAGACCUGGACAAUAUGGAUCUGGCAGAUGAGGAUGAGGACGAUGAGAAGGAGUCAGAGAGGAGAGGGCUCAUGGAGAAAAUCCACAUGGUGCAAGAAACUGUCAUCACGCUUCAAAACCUGCUGGAUGAGAUCGCUUCUUUUGGGGAGAGGAUUAAAAACACGUUCAACUGGUCUGUGCCGUUCCUGUCCAGCCUGGCUCUGCUGAUCUUUGUCAUCGCAGCAAUCCUCACAUACUACAUCCCUGUACGCUACAUAGUUUUAUUAUGGGGUAUCAAUAAAUUCACCAAGAAAUUACGGAACCCGUACAGCAUCGACAACAAUGAGGUUCUUGAUUUCCUGGUGAGGGUGCCUUCAGAUGUGCAGAAGGUUCAGUACAGUGAGAUGAGAGGCAGCAGGAAGAAGAAAAUCUCGUAAACAGGACCUGAUGCUGCCCUUGUGGGCUUCCUACCUAAGAACUGUUUCCAGUGGGUCCGAUGGUGGUCUGCACAGUCUCACUUUCUGUUGGUUUCAGGGUGUGUGGUAGGUCUUAAUCUGCUGUGGUGAGACAUAGCUCCGCACCGCUCAUAUAGACCUGCACCUAAAGACCUUUCAACCAAAGACAUCCACACUGAGGACCCUGCAGAGAUUACUUACAUGUUACAAAUAUGACUGAUCUGUGCAUUUUUCUGGAGCAAGUUGUAAUGUUAUGUCCAAAGAUUGUAGGUGUUUUAUUGUAUGUACAGUUUAUUUUAGAUACUCAAUCAGAGGCUGCUUUAUUUUAUAUUAUCUUCCUGGUCCCAGGCUGUGUUCUCCUGAAACCAACUGAAAUAUCAGUUUGUAUUAUACGGAAUAUAUAUGUUUGGUAUGUGUAUAUUUUUACAUAAUUUACAUUGACAGAUAUGAUGACUUUAAUUCUAAAAUAGAUCAUUCACCUUUUGAAAAAAAUUGUUACUGGGAUAAAGUAAAUUUCGUUAUGGGCUACUUAAAAAGUAGAAGUCUUCAUAAGGCAGAAAAUAUUUUUAGAGAAUAGUUAUAUUUUUAAGUGCAUGAUCGUUGUGGUUUAAAUAUUAAUUGAGGUUGCAAUCACUUUUCCUACCUUUUAUACUGUAUGCCCAUACAGCAACAUAUGAAAUGUUAUAUUCCUCUAUUUCUUCCAUUGACGUUUGAAAUUGGAUAAAGAGCUAUGUGACUACUUUUCCUUCAAUGUCACCAGAUGGAUUUAUAUUUACACACAAAGGUGAGUGCCUGCAUUUAGUUUUAGAUUAUCCUACACAGAGGAUGCUCUGUGCUCUGUACACACUUUAUUUAUUGAAGACAAUCACUGAUGAAGACUGUGUCUCUUUUGUGUAACAGCAAUAAAUGCCACAAUCACACA